GAUAGACUGCUGUGCUCUUAAGUAGUCUUGUGAAGCCACGUGCACCUUGCUGCGUAUCAAAUCGCCACGUGUAGCAAGCCGACACACGCACUCCUUCGCUCUCUCGUGAGCUGUGCUUCAAGUGCCACCUGUCAGCCCCUCCGCCACCCCUCCAGCUUCUGCCGUCUUUUGUAUAAGUAUAACAUAUACUUUUGUGCUUGCUGUGAGUUUUUUUUAGGCGAUUACAGUGUGUUUUCCCGCCAAGGUCCGUCCUGACACCAUCUUAUGCUUCUCAGCUACUCCACACCUCAUCUGACGCUCCCUUCUACACCCUUCUACACAGAUACGUUGGGUUAGUUCCUUCAGGACUGAGACUACUACUGCAUCUGAUUAUGAAAUGUGUGUCUGUGAUGUAUUUUCAUUGCUGCUGAUAUCCCAGCCAGUGUAUGGUGUAUGGUAAUGUAUGUCAUUGUGUUCCAUUGAAUACUUAUUGAGUGUUUUUCAGUAUAACCACUCUAGUGAAUUAUUUUUGAGUAUCUCAUACUUGAUUUGCAUCUUGUCCCAAGUGUUAUAUUUAUUUUUAUAAUUGUACCAUCUCUAAUUUUUUUUAUUCAGUAUUGAAAUCACUGCAUGAAGUUUUCUCAGCAGUACUUCCAUGUACUUUUGAUACCAAUUGCAAUGCCUGGUGUAUUAUGAAAAACUAAUAUUUUUGCCCGUCCUAGCUUGACUGUGCUGUGCUCUGUACUCCACUUGGUGCUACGAGAUGUACUGCCCAAGUGUGUGUUUUUGAGUGAGCCCUGGACGUAGUUACUUCCAUUUUGCUUCAGAGUGUAACUAUAACACCUUACUUUAUUGCUGUUUUUACUUAUUUUAUUUUUUUUAUGUUGCUACGCUGUGGUAAGCUUUAUUCUUGCACCAUGUCUUCUCAUGAUAAUAACACUACUACUACCACAGUUACUACUGUCACUAGUAUGACUACUACUCUUACUACAACUACUACUACUACUACUUCUACCCUUACUACAUCUACUACUACAACUCCUACUACUACUGCUAAUGCCCCUCCUGUUCCUUCUACAUUGUUUCAAAGCCCUGUGCUUGCUCCAACUUUUGAACUCUUACACCAUGAUCCUUCAAUCCAGAAGUUUGGUGGUGAUAACAUCUCUUAGUAUUCUCCUUUAUAAUUCUUGCAACAAUGUGAAGACAGUAUUUGCAACUCUAACAUCACUUCAGGUGUUGAUAAAAUUUCUUUUGUGCGUUCUCAGUUACAGCCAGGAUCUAUUGCUGCUGAUUUAAUGUCGGCUUCUGCUUUCAAUCCUAAAACCCUGAAUUGUGAUUAUAAUGCUUUCAGAGCAAAUUUCUUACAAGCAUUUAGUAUGCCCCAACAGCCAGAUUCAUUCCAGUGAGUCUUUGACGGAACAGAUACAAUGACUAACAAUUUUGGUGUCCUCAAUUGCUUAAGAGCUCUUCCUCGCUCUGCUGAAUUAGCUUCUGCUGCUGUUGAUUCACUUAAAGCUUCAAAUUGGAUUACUAAUGGUACAAUGUCUGAGCAGCGAUUUCAUGAUAUAAUUGAAUUUCUCUAUUACAUUAAUUUUUUGAACCCUAGUGAGCGCAGAAUUGCGUCUACGCUUACAUACACUCAGACAGAUAAUCUACUUGAUUUCUCAUCUAAAAUUGCUUCUAAAUUAAAAGAACAUCCAGCUCACGUGCACGUUGUAGCUUCCACUACUGCUACUUCACCUUUAAAUUCUGCUAACCAGACUUCACAACCUAGUGCACCAGCUUCUGAUAAGCAACAUGCUGUGUAUGCCUGUACUUACUGUCACAAACAGGUACAUACCAUUAAACGUUUUUUGCGACAGCAUCAUGAAAGAAAUUCAGCGCGUUCUCCCCUCAGCUCAGCGUCUUUCUCGCUAUGAGUCUCUUCAAGGCUUCCGUCAUGUCACACGCUCUGUGACCAGUCGCCCGAGAUCGUCUUCUCGGCAGGGACGUCCUGCGUCGCGUCCAAUUCCUGAAAGACCACCUAAGUCUUGCCUUAUUCAUGGUCCAGGUAAUCAUUCUUCUGAAGAAUGCUUUAAAAUUCAACGCCUUCAGCGUCAGCAACAUGUUACUGUGUCUUCACCACAGUCAAAUUUUUACCAGCGCCAGCAUUCUCCUCCAAUAACGUAGACAUUCUCUCAGACAUGCCAGUCCCGUCGAUUCCUACAGUUAUUGCUGCAACGGCGCGACGUCUUCAUUUCCAAAUGUACACUUAUGGCUCUCCUUUCACAGUUUGCAUUGAUACAGGAGCUGACUGUAGCUUACUGACAGAACGUGCUUACCAGCACCUUAAUGAAUUGUAUAAUGUUCCUCUAUCAAAAGAGAACCAGAUUUUUCAUGCAGCUCAAGGCUCUCAAUAUUAUUGGUUCAGUAACUUUGCCUGUGUCCUUUCAUAAUCAUGAUUAUACCUUUGAUGUAAAAUUUUUUGUAGUAACAAAUUUUGUGUUGAACUGUGAUGCUCUCUUUGAUUAUGAUGAGUUAGUUAAACAUGAUAUUACAAUAUUUCCCCGUUAUCAUGCUGUCAGCCAUAAUGUAUUCAUGUAUUAUGCUUCAGACUCGCCUGUUUCUGUUCUUACAGUUGCCUCACUACACGUACAUUUUGAACAGUCAUGUCUACCUGCUUUUGACGAAGCACUGUUACUGCAGCGUACUCAGAAUCCUUUGUCCCCGCAGUCAAACUUAGCACCUUCGUCCCCGGAGUCAAAACGUUCUGUCUCCUUGGAUUGUUGUGCGGCUGUCAUUGUUGGUGACCAAUUUAUAGGUCCUACUUCAGCAACUAAAGUUCCAGUGCGUGUUCUUCGUGCCCCAGUAAGCGCAUGCGUGAUCUCACAUCCUGAUAGUGCCAGGAUUCAGCGUUUAGCUGUAGAAGGUACACUCUCUACCAUGCGAUGUGGUCACCUUAAUGAUGCUUUAGUCACUAAUCUCACAGGUUCGUCCAUUACUCUUAAAGAUGGCGUGCACCUUGGUUCCUUUAGUGUGAUAGAUGAAGCUUCUUUUCAGGAUUCUCCACCUUUGAUAGGAGCUGUAGAUUCACAGUCUGCUUGUUCCUGCUCUUCAGCUGAACUGAUCACUCAGUUGGAGGCACAUGUCAAAGUUGCAGAUUUUCCUGCAGAAGCACAGCGUCUCUAUGACAUUCUUGUAGCUCACAGACAAGCUAUUGCUUUACCAGGUGAACCUUUAGGUGUUACUGACCAUGUACAGCAUCAAAUUGACCUUUAGCCUAACACGCGCUAUCCAUGUUCCAUCUUAUCGCUUGCCUCAUUGUCAGCGUCAAGUAGCUAAAAAAUUAGUGCAAGGCAUGCUUGAUGAAGGUAUUAUUCAAGAGUCGUACUCUCCAUGGAACUCACCUCUCUUCCUUGUGCCAAAGAAAGAUGGUUCUUACCAUGCAGUCAUUGAUUUUAGGAAAGUUAACCAAGUCACAAUUCCUGACCAUUAUCCCUUACCAGUACUUAGUGACAUUUUACAGUCCAUCGGUAAGGACAAUACAGUAUUCACAACACUUGACUUGAAAAGUGGAUUUUGGCAAAUUCCAUUGUCUCCAAGUAGGAGACCCAUUACUGCAUU